CUCGCCGGCUCUAUUCCGGCUCUCCUUAGUCUUCACCCCGAGCUGCAAAACCCUGUAUUGCUUAACCGCCAUGGCAUUGGGUGCAAGUCCUUCAGUGAGUACGGCACUGCAAGUCGGUGCUGUCGUACUGCUGUUAGGCAUUAUCAUUUGCUCCAUGAUAUCGCGAUCUCGUCUGCCUCCUGGUCCUAAUCCCAUUCCGAUACUUGGGAAUCUGUCGCUUCCUGUGCCAUUCCGGCCGAAGUUUGAGAAGUGGGCUAAGGAAUAUCCUGACGUGAUGACCCUGCGCGUGCUUGGUAUUCCUAUCAUCGUUGUCAACACUAGGCAGUCAGUUUUGGAGGUUAUGGAGAAGCGCGCCGCAGCGACUGCUGGUCGACCCCAUCAGAUUAUGGCAGACGAGCUCUGUGGCUUGGCUCCUGACCCCUUCCGCUCGAACGACUGGGAUAUGCACAAGCAGUACCGCCGUCUAUUCAACUCGGUUCUGGGACCACGUGCUAUCCAGGCCUACUGGGGCACUCAGACACGCCAAAUGCACCGCGCUGCUCUGGAAAUUUUGGGAGCACCCGAUAGACAUAUGGAAUUUAUUCGUCGAGCUGUUGCAGAUAUAGCAUUUCAAAUUGCUUAUGGAAUCGAAAUUGAAUCGUACGAUCAUCCUAUGGUCAAGCGUGUGAACGAGGGCUUGCGAGUUGUUGAAAGAGUUGUUGUUCCUGGAAAUUUCAUUGUCGACAUCAUUCCGUUUCUUAGAUAUCUUCCUACUUGGUUCCCUGGAGCAGGCUUCAAGAAGCAAGCCGCAGAAUGGCGUGCACAUUUUGAUGCCACGAGGAAUAUGCCUUAUGACGCGGUUAAGGCGGACAUCGCGUCCGGUUCGAGCAAAUCCUGUCUUGCUGUGGCGAUGAUCGAGCACGAUGCAGAGUCGAAGGAUGAUAAGUACGGAGAGAAUAUGAUUAGGUGGGCUUGCGCUAGUGUGUAUGGGGGUGGGGCAGACACCUCAGUCGCUGCACUGCAAUCAUUCUUGGCAGCUAUGGUGAUGUAUCCGGAGGUGCAGUCCAAAGCACAGGCCGAGCUCGAUAGAGUGGUUGGGAGGGAUAGACCUCCAACUCUGGAAGACUGCGAGCUACUGCCGUAUUGCAAUGCCAUCGUGGAAGAAGUGCUCAGGUGGCAGCCUGUGACAACCGUAGGCCUCCCGCAUUCCAUGGUGAAUGAUGAGAUCUACAAUGGAUGGCUUCUUCCCAAGGGAGCGAAUGUUUUACCCAAUAUCUGGGCCAUGACUCGCGACGAAAGAGACUUCCCACAAGGAGAUAAAUUCAUGCCGGAGCGAUACCUGACACCGGAAGGCAAGACGAAGGAAGAGCUUCCGGGACGUCAGAUUCCUCUCUUGUUUGGGUUUGGGAGACGUAUUUGUCCCGGUUGGCAGUUGGCGGUAGCCAACCUUUUUGCGGGGAUUGUCGCUCUUCUUUGGUCAAGCACCAUGUCUGCGGAGCCAGGGACCGACAUCAAGUGGAUAGAGCAUAUUGCGAUCAAUCAUGCUUUGGAUUUUCCCCUCCAGGCUAAACCUCGCUUCCCAGGCGUAGAGGAUGUUCUUCGCAGUACGCUAGCAGAAUGAACGUGUCAUGUUCUUCCAGACACUGAUCUUGUUUCUCCACCUAUUUACAAUGUGAAUAACAUAAAUGAC